AAUCCCGUUCGAUACCUGCCUUGAGCUUAUCCCAAUUCUUCCAAAUUAGUUUGUUGUCCUUGAUAUUGUUGAUAACCCCUUGUCUUCUUCUCUUUACUCAAUCCUCUUUCACAUGAUAAAGACCCCUAUUUCUUGAUCAAAACAACUCCAACACUCCGGUAUUAUCCAACUAGAAAAGAAGAAAAAGAGUCGUUACCAGGCAUCAGCCAUGGCAAGUUUAACGUUUCACUCAUUGACAGGAACCGUGGAAAAGAUCCCAACAUCAUCUUUUUGUUCAAACCCAAGGAUUUCAGCUACUUUUCAUUGUAAAAACAAGGGCGAAAAAAGGGUGUCAAGAAUGACGUUAAAAGCUAUGGGAGGAGCAGCCAAGUAUAAAGGGACUCAGAUGAGGGAGAAGCAGCUGACUGAGAUGAUUGAGAAAAAAGUGACAGAAGCCAAGGAAGUUUGUAAAGGGGAUGAGACUUCUGAUGAAUGCAAGGUGGCUUGGGACGAGGUUGAAGAGAUAAGUCAAGCCAAAGCGGAUCUCCGGAUUAAACUCGAAAUAGAAAAGAAAGAUCCGUUGGAAUCUUUCUGUCAGGAGAAUCCUGAGACUGAAGAGUGCCGGAUCUAUGAAGAUUGAUGAAAAAAAAUCAUAUGGAUCUACCUAGUUUUCUUAGUUGUUAUUAGACAAAAUUGUGCAAGGAAUUAGAAAAUUUGUAUAAUAAUUAACCAAACUUUGUUGUUGGGGGAUUCUUAAUCAGUGGUUGAGUUAUUAAUAUAAGUGUAUGGUUUGUUAUGCUA